AUGACAGAGGUUGAUGUAAAUCCGAAGGCCUAUCCCCUCGCAGAUGCCCACCCCACCAAGAAGCUGCUGGACCUCGUUCAGCAGUCAUGUAACGACAAGCAGCUUCGGAAAGGAGCCAGUGAAGCCAACAGGGUCAUCUCUGAGUUCAUUGUGAUGGCAGCAGACGCUGAGCCCUUGGAGAUCAUCCUGCACCUCCCACUGCUGUGUGAAGACAAGAAUGUCCCCUAUGUAUUUGUGCGCUCCAAGCAGGCCCUAGGACGGGCCUGUGGGGUCUCCAGACCUGUCAUCACCUGUUCUGUUACCAUCAAAGGAGGCUCCCAGCUCAAGCAGCAGAUCCAGUCCACCCAGCAGUCUAUUGAAAGGCUCCUGGUGUAG